UCACUCACUUCUCUCCUAGUAAAUGGACCAAAGAUGAUUACUGCAAUUACAUUCUCACUUUCAGUUCCAAUUCAUUGGACUGCUACUCCAUCAAGCCUUCCACCGACACCCUUUCACUCCACCACCUAUAAACCCUCGCACGCCUUCCCAGCCCACGCCACCCAACAUACUGAGCCGAAUCUCUCAGUCGCCACCGCUACCACCGACACAUCCGCCGAAGACUACGCCGACGAUGACAAAGCCCUCCUAACGCUUCUCCGAGAAAGAAAGACCGACGAGGCGUGGCUUAGAUAUAGCCAGUCCACUCUUCUCCCCAGCCCAACAUGCCUGAGUCGGCUGGUCUGCCAAUUAUCUUAUCAAAACACAAAACAUGGCCUCACCCGAGCUCAGUCCAUCAUCCAGCGCCUCCGCGACGACCGGCAGCUUCACCGCCUCGAUUCCAAUUCCCUGGGCCUCCUCGCCGUCGCUGCUGCCAAAGCCGGUCAUACCCUCUACGCUACCUCAAUCAUCAAGUCCAUGCUUCGCUCCGGUUACCUUCCCCAUGUCAAGGCAUGGAGCGCCGUCGUCAGUCGCCUUGCUGCCUCUGGCGACGACGGACCUACUGAGGCCCUACGACUAUUCAAUUCCGUAACCCGGCGGGUCCGUCGCCUUGCAGACCCUUCUUUGGCAGCCAAUGCAAAGCCCGACACCGCUGCUUUCAAUGCUGUGCUCAAUGCCUGCGCUAAUAUCGGCGACAUUGCGAAAUAUGUGCAGAUAUUCAACGAAAUGCGCGAGUUUGGCGUCCAGCCUGAUGUCAUCACCUACAAUGUAAUGAUCAAGCUCUGCGCUAGAGCUAAUCGCAAAGAUUUGCUGGUGUUUGUCUUGGAACGGAUUUUGGAUCAAGGAAUUCAACCCUGCAUUUCUACUUUCCAUUCUCUUGUGGCGGCCUAUGUUGGCUUCAAUGAUUUGGAUACUGCAGAGAAGAUGGUUCAAGCAAUGAGAGAAGGUCGGAGGGAUCUCUGCAGAAUCCUCAGGGGCUCAUACAAGUAUUACUCCACCCAGACUGAUGACGACGAGGUGUUCGUGAAAUUGCUUCCUCAAUCAAUGACACGGAAUACUACUCAUGAACCACCAGUGUUACCCAAAACUUACGCGCCGGACUCUAGAAUUUACACCACUCUGAUGAAGGGGUACAUGAAAGAUGGCCGUGUAAGUGAUGUGGUCAGAAUGCUCGAGGCAAUGCGGCGUCAGAGCGAUUCAGCAAGCCAUCCAGACCACGUCACGUACACUACCGUUGUGUCUGCGCUCGUCAAAGUGGCUGCAAUGGAAAGGGCAAGGCAAGUACUUGCAGAGAUGGCAAGAAUCGGUGUAUCUGCAAACCUCGUAACUUACAACAUCCUCCUCAAGGGAUACUGCCAGCAGCUACAGAUAGAGAAGGCCAAGGAGCUGCUUCGAGAUAUGGUUGAUGAUACUGGUAUCGAGCCUGAUGUCGUCUCCUACAACAUCUUAAUUGAUGGAUGCAUACUUAUAGAUGAUAGUGCUGGAGCCCUUGCUUACUUCAACGAGAUGCGUACACGUGGAAUUGCUCCUUCUAAGAUCAGUUACACCACACUGAUGAAAGCCUUUGCCUUAUCUGGUCAACCAAAGCUAGCCAACAAGGUGUUCGACGAAAUGCUCAAAGACUCAAGAGUGAAAGUCGAUUUGGUUGCAUGGAAUAUGUUGGUUGAAGGAUAUUGUAGAGUGGGUUUGAUUGAAGAAGCCAAGAAGAUCGUUCAAAGGAUGAGAGAGAAUGAUGGGUUUUAUCCCGAUGUGGCUACUUAUGGAAGCCUUGCAAGUGGGAUUGCAUUAGCUCGAAAACCAGGAGAGGCUCUUUUGCUCUGGAAUGAAAUUAAGGACAGGUGCAGAAAGAAGGAAGGAGGGAUUUCUUCAAAUUCUCCACCAUUGAAGCCUGAUGAAGGGCUUCUUGAUACUCUAGCUGACAUCUGUGUGAGGGCUGCUUUCUUUAGGAAGGCUUUGGAGAUUGUGGCGUGCAUGGAAGAGAAUGGGAUAUCACCCAACAAAACAAAAUACACAAAAAUUUAUGUCGAAAUGCAUUCAAGGAUGUUUACUAGUAAGCAUGCAUCACAGGCCAGGCAGGACCGGAGGCGUGAGAGGAAAAGGGCAGCAGAAGCUUUCAAGUUUUGGUUGGGACUUCCAAACUCAUACUAUGGGAGUGAGUGGCGACUUGAACCAGUUGAUGGUGAUGACACUAAUGAGUAAUGGCGACUCUGCUCAACCACCGGAGACUGUAACAUACUGUACACCAGGGGUAACUUCAGUUGCAAGAAGACGGGUGCCUUCAUAAUGGAUGAAAAAUCCAAAUGUAUAAGUCUUACUGCAUCUUUAUCUACGGUCAAGUCUACUAUUCAAUUGGAUACUUCUGUUAUAACAUGCACAUAAUUGUAGAGUGAAACUAAGGUUCUUUAGCAGGAAAGAAACUAUAUGAAUUUUUGGUGGUUGAUAGAAUAUCUCUGAGAAACUGAAAACAUAUUUCAGCUGUAAUAUUAUUGCAUUCUUGUA